AUGGAUCGGUUGGUAGAGACAACACUUCGUCAUAAUCUUGUUCCUCCAGUGGUUAUGGAGUUCCCCGGCAUCACAGCAGGUGGCGGAUUUUCCGGUACUUCUGGGGAAAGCAGCACAUUUCGCUAUGGAUUCUUCAACGAGACGGUCAUUGAAGCCGAAAUCAUUUUGGGGAAUGGAGAUAUUGUCCGGGCGUCAAGGGACGAAAGAGAGGACUUAUUCAGAGCUGCGGGUGGCGCUUUGGGCACACUAGGUAUUGUAACGCUCAUGAAGCUACGUCUCGUAGAGGCGAAGCAGUUCGUCUAUACAAGAUACACUCGCCUCAAUAGUGUCUCAGAGGCUCUUGAGAGCAUCCAACGGACGAAAGACGACCCAGAUGUGGACUACCUGGAUAGCAUGCUAUUUUCCAAGCAGCAUGCCGUCGUUAUUUCCGGACAAUUAACAAAUAAUCUACCAGCGGAUGCAGAGGUGCAAACAUUUAGUGACGCUGCCGAUCCGUGGUUUUACAUGCAUGUUCAGGAACAGACGAAUAGCAUUGCACCCGGGUCCGUGAUUGAGGAAUACAUCCCGCUCGCCGAAUACCUAUUCAGAUAUGAUCGUGGCGCUUUCUGGGUCGGCGAACAAGGCUACACUUAUUUCAAGUAUAUUCCUUUCAACAGCUUCUUCCGCUGGCUACUCGACGACUUUUCUCACACCCGCACCCUGUAUCACGCUCUACAUUGCACUGGAGUCUCUUCGCAGUUUGUCGUUCAGGACGUAGCGGUCGUCUAUAGGAAUGCUGAGAAGAUGAUAGACUUUAUAAGCGCAGAGCUGAACAUUUGGCCGAUUUGGCUUUGUCCUCUUGCCCCAGCCCGUGUGCCUUCUUUCCAUCCCGUUCUUCAUGGGGUAGACUUGGGCACCAAUUCGGGAUCUCUUUCCGAGCCGAUGCUGAAUAUUGGCAUUUACGGCUGGGGUCCGUCAGACGCUGACGAAUUUAUUACAAAGAAUCGCGCUGUUGAGAAAACGUUGAGUGAGUUGGGCGGGCGCAAAUGGCUCUAUGCACAUACGUUCUACACGGAACGGGAGUUCUGGGAUGUCUACGAUCGAGCGUGGUAUGAAUCUUUGAGAUUAAAGUAUCAUGCGACUAGUCUUCCGAGUGUAUACGACAAGGUUAAGCCCGUUCGGAAAGAGGGAAAGCAUUGGACUCAAAAAGUUGCUGAAAUGUGGCCUAUUGGUGGCCUGUAUGGGAUGUGCCGAGCUAUCACGUCAGGCGAUUACCGUCUACAUCGAGGAGCAAAGUGGAAAUGGUAG